AUGGGAUCACCUCUCUCACCAAUCAUCGCUAACAUCUUUAUGGAACAUUUCGAGCACCAAGCACUCAAGACUGCCGACAAACCUCCAUCACUCUGGCUCCGCUACGUCGACGACACCUUUGUCAUCUGGCCGCACAGCACACCAGACCUUCACCAGUUUCUUAACCACCUCAACCACCAGCACCCCAUCAUCUAUUUCACCAUGGAGACCCAAUGCGACAACUCAAUUCCGUUUCUAGACGUCCUCAUCACCAAGACACCAUCUGGAUUCCCGUCUCACCAAGUGUACCAGAAACCCACCCACACCGACCGCUACCUCAACUUCCGCUCGCACCACCACCCAUCCGUCCACCAAUCAGUCGCCGACACUCUCAUCAGACGAGCCCACCAACUCAGCGACAAGGCACACCUUCAGCAGGAACUCAAGCACGUCACCCAUGCACUCACCACGAUCAACCAAUACCCCAGAAGAAGGAUCAACACUCAACCUUCCCGCUACCAACUCAGCACCAACAUCACCGAAACCCCAUCCAAAACCAAGCCUAUCGCCACCAUAGUACUUCCCUACAUCAGCAAGACUUCACACCGACUACAACGUAUCCUCCACUCUGCCAACAACCUCGUCAGACACCAAUCCUCUCGCAAGCUACACUUCAUCCUUCAUUCUCACAAGGACAAGCACCCAUCCAACAAGCAACCAGGCGUCUACAAGAUCCCCUGCGACUGCGGCAAAGUCUACAUCGGGGAAACCGGCCGAGACUUCGACACCAGACUCAAGGAACACAAGACCCACCACCGACGCAGCGACUGGGACAGAUCUGAAAUCGUCAAGCAUGCACAACAAGAAAAUCACUGCAUAGACUGGGACAAGAGCCACCUAAUCACCAACAGCCGUCACUGGAAUACCAGAAGGGUUAGGGAAGCUAUCGAGAUACACCAACACAACACUGUACCUCAAGACCCUGGCCUCCACAUCAACAGCAUCUGGCACCCAAUCCUACCAACCAAUCCACAACCAACUCCACAAGCAACCCGCCGUUCACCGUCACUCUACCAAGCCAACCUACCCAGCACAACAGUCCACCUAACCAACCAGCGACUUCGCCGACGCACACACCACCGCCACCCACACUUCGCUAUAGCCUCCGCCGACGACCCAACAUCACAUCCAUAUACCAGGCCACCCACUCACUCCCGCCAAAGCCUACCCGACGAGUCCGCCGACCAACACGCACAGAACGCCAUCACUGAUAUAUCUACUACGCCGCCGACACACACACGCCGCCGCAACUCACCCGCCGUCUACACACCGCGUCCGCAUACCAACGCCCACUCGUUUCCCGCCAAAACCGCCGACCCACGCACAGAGCGCCACCUACGAACUCAGCCCGCCGUGACUGCCGGCUCAGCGCUUUCCCCCAGGUCCGCACGUACUCCACAAAUACCGCCGCACGCCGAGCGAACACUCUUUGGUCUCUCACAGUUUUUCCAGAGUAAUUUUGGCCACCAUCUCUGGUUUUUCACCUGGAUUGUUUUGUCGCAACAAGAUAAUGAAAAUUAA